AUGUCUGACCCCGUUCCCGCCGCCGUAGCCGUGGCCCCUCAGACUGCCACGCCCACCCCAACCCUGUCCACCACCUCGUCGCCGCACGACACGCCGGGAUGCACGACCCCAAUCCCACCGAGCGCCGAGGCCGGUCCGUCGACGCUGCGCGUAAGCGUCAUCGAUAAGUGGCUCAAACCAAACGGGCCGCCCAAGGGCGUGUCCUUUGGCGCCCGCAAGUUGCAGGAACAGGACGACGUGUGGAGCAACAAUGCCUGGGACCACGCCGAGCUGCCGGACGACUUUGAGGAACGAGCUGCUGAGAUUAUGGAGGCGCAUGCUGCGUCACCCGUUCCCGAUAAUAAGGUGACAGAGUACAAUGCCCGUCCGGCAAAGUACUGGGACAAGUUUUACAGCCACCACGCGGACCAGUUCUUCAAGAACCGGCGCUGGCUGCCGCUCGAGUUCCCGGAACUCGUGUUGUGCUGCGAGCCCGAUGCCGGACCCAAGGUGGUCCUCGAGGUCGGCUGCGGGGCCGGCAACACCGUCUUCCCGCUGCUGAUGCACAACGAGAAUCCGGAUCUACGCAUCUUCGCAACAGACUACUCGAAGACGGCCGUAAAGGUCGUCCAGUCGAGCGAAAUGUAUCCGCGCGCAGAGCAUGGACUGGGUCAACUCUCGGCGUCGGUUUGGGAUAUCUCGAGCCGGCCGAGCGACGAGGCCGCAGCGCAGGGCAUGACAUACAGCCUCCCAGAGGGUGUUGAGGCUGGAUCGGUUGACGUCCUCACCGUCGUCUAUGUCCUCAGCGCACUGCAUCCUGACGAGUGGGCGCAGGCGGUUCACAACCUCUACUCGUGCCUCAAGCCGGGUGGUCUACUGCUCGUCCGCGACUAUGGGCGGCACGACCUCGCCCAGCUUCGGAUCAAGAAAGAGCGUCUGCUCGACGUGCCCAACUUUUAUAUCCGCGGCGACGGGACCCGUGUUUACUUUUUCGAGAAGGACCAGCUUGGCGACAUGCUCACGGCACCACCACGGGGUGCUGAGACGGGAAACAUGUUCCAGAUCAACCAGCUGGCAGAGGACCGGCGUUUGCUCGUCAACCGCAAGGAGCAGAAGAAGAUGUACCGCAUCUGGCUACAGGCCAAAGCAACCAAGCUGUAA